GCUGUACUGAGCACUGAAAGGUAAACGGAAUUUGAAAGGAGGAAACAGUACGGAGACGUUGAGAAUAGAGGACUCUUACAACUAGAGUGCGCAAUCAACAUCCGUGUUAGUCAUAUAUUUUAAAAUAAGAUCUUAACAGAAUUGCCAUAGGAGAAGGAAAUAGCAGAUAUUCAACUAGUUAUCAAUUAGACUUUUAUUUGAUUGUUUUGAUAUCGGCUUCAUCCUAAAAGGGAUGCAUUUGUUGAGCAUGUCCACCAAAUGGCCGUCCUACGACUCCCGCUCCUCCACCCCCAGCUUCCUCCUCAGCGAGAGCGACGUGACGGAGGACGAGGCAGACAUUGAUGUCUUCACCUCCGAAAGCGAGGGAGAUAGCUCAGGGGGUGGCAAGACCUGCUCAGUACCCUUCUCCCUGGCCGGGGGUGGCGAGGCAGCCCCUAGGUUACACUGGUCCAUGGCUGGGAGUGGACAAGCGGAAUGCUUUCCCCACACCAACAUCUACCCAUCCAUGGUGGCUUCUUCUUGCAGUGCUGCAUUCUGCACAAAGGAAAGCACAGAGGAGACCACACAAGGAGACCUGGCCUUCGCUCAGAAAUGUUCAGAGCUACAAAAGUUUAUCAGACCCCUGUUGGAGCUUCUGAAUGGACUCAAGACGGGGAGAUUUGAGAGAGGUCUUAGCAGUUUCCAGUCGAGCGUUGCCAUCGACAGACUACAGAGGAUCCUUGGUAUUCUUCAGAAACCUGACAUGGGAGAGAAAUUCCUCCGCACCCUCCUGCAGGUAGAGAUGAUGCUGAAGAUGUGGUUCCCCCAUGUGACCCCUGUUGCUGCCACCCAGAACCCCACACCCAGUCUUCCGCCACGAUGGCACCAAAAUCAGCUGUGUAUGCCAGUCAAAAAGCGCAAGCUUAGCUGGUUGGACUCUGAUUUCCCCAGUGCCGCCCCACCCAGCUGCAAGCGCCUGCAGUGUGAGGACAACUACCAGGAAGUGACCUCACAAGACUUUAGCCUUUUGAGCACAGACACUUAUAGCCCGUCAUGUCUGACUGUCAGCAGGAGAAGAAAGGGAAAUAAGAGGUUUGAAAUUUCACCUUGCUCUGCAUGUGGUAGCCCAGCCACACAAGACAGCCGUGUCUCCUCCACCCAUCUGGUCUUUCACUCACAUCAGCUCUCCCUCCAUGGACAUCAGCCACAGAGGUGCCACAGCGGGCCUGGCACAGUGAAGACACAGACCAAUAUUACAUCAGUGGGAAUCCAAAGGAGGAGUUAAUCUAUCCCCACAUUACUAAGGUCUGUGAAACAAGAGCCGGAGUAGAAGCACAAACACAUAGAAGUGGACAUAAAACUGAACUCUGAACUCAUUGCACCUUUUCACCAUCUUUCAUCCAAUUUUGUCUGUGUUGGAGAGUUCUUUUUUUUUUUUUACUGAAAUUUACCUGGGAAUAUUUUUUAUGGUUGAUAUGAUAAAGCAGUGUUUAGUAAUAAAAAAUAUAUAUAUACUGUUACAUUUGUAUUUUAUUUUAGACUUGUCAACAAAAAUAGCCAUACAGUCCAAUCACAUGAAAUACACUAUACACUAAAAAAAGAUUGACCUCUAACCUAACAUCAACUCACAGUUAUGAUAAAGUUAUCAAUAGUAGUAAAUCCUAAAACACGGACAAUAGAAUGAAAAACAAUACAAGCACCUGUUAAUCCUUUAGCUGAUGCAACACAGUGAAAAAAGGCAGCUGAAUGUAUAAGGCUUGCUCAUUGAUUGUAAACCAUGCCAUACAACUGGCACUAAACCACUGCCAACCUUCCGGUUACUAGUCCAACACUCUAACUACUAGGCUACCCUGCCGCCCCUUUACUUUUUGAAACAUUUGAUGUCAGGUUUAUUCUUCUAUGGUGUGAAAAGAAAAAUAUUUUGAGGAAUACACUGCCCAAAAGCGAUUUGCACAUGAGUAUUUUACUUUCGAUAACAAAGGACAUUCUACUUUAUUGAUAAAUGUUACUAUUGUGAUGAUGCAAAACACCUCAUUUUUAAUCUUCUAGGAAGGUUUCUAUUGGAUUGGGAGAAAAUCCCUAAAAAAUAUUUCAUUCGGCCAUUUGAACCACAAUGUUUUUGCUUAGCAAAUAUCAUUCAUGUUGAAUGUCACUUUAUCCCUGGCCACUUUCAGAGAGUUACAACUCAAGAGAGACUAACUCGAUGGGAGUAGGCAGGAAACCAAGAAUAACUGGGUACUGACUUGAUCUACCAACUUAAAGAAGAUUUCUGGAUAAAAACGAAUACAGACAACUGAAGCUGGUAGUAUGUGUUAUUGUUCCUAAUCAUGCCGAGGAAGGCCCAGGUCGUGGACAGCAUAGGAGAGAGAUCACUGCAGUUGUAAACACAGGUAACUGUGUUGAGGCAAUGCACAACCCUUCCUAAAAGCUGGUCAUACAUCAGCCAAUUGUGGAGUUGUUUAUUUAGAUAUUUCCCUUGAGGAAAUAUUGCAAUUUCAUGUGAUGUUUUUGGUGUAUGUAGCCUAAUACUCCUGCUUAAUUAAUAGUGUCCUGUGUGGCUCAGUUGGUAGAGCAUGGUGCUUGUAACGCCUGGAGAAGCGUGUCUGUUAAAUGACUAAAGUGUGACAUUAAAAAAAAGUUGAAAUAAAAUGUAUAUUUUCAAAUAAA